AUGGCUACCGUCCUCCUCCAAGCCAACCUGAAUCACGCCCGCCGUGCUCAAGACCUCUUGUGGCACACUAUGGCGGAGCGUGAUUCAGGCCUGGCUGUGGCCACCGAACCCCACCACAUCCCCCCCCCCAACGACCCCCGUUGGAUGGGUCGUCCGGGGAACCCGGGAAUGAUGGGUAAUUUGGCCAUCAUUAGGAGGUAUUCAAAAAACUCCCCGCCGGCGUGUUGUGUCCACGCCGGCGGAAAGAUAGUGGCAGUCGAAUGGGGGUCUAUGGCGGUGGUCGGGGUGUAUGCCUCGUCCGCGCUGAGCCUCGCCGAAUUUGAGGAUCUAUUGGACGGCGUGAGGGAGGUUAUAAGAACCAAGUGCCUCACCCGACCCGUCCUGCUCGCGGGGGACUUUAACGCCAAAUCCAAGCUAUGGUGUUCCCCGCGAGCGAAUGCGAAAGGCGAGACUCUCGCGGGCUGGGCGGCGGGUCUUGGCCUCUGUUUAUUAAACAGAGGCUACGUUAGCACCUGCGUCCGGCCGCAGGAGGUAGUCCUGGUCGCCACCCCCAGAGAGGUGCUGGCCCGCCGCCAAGUUCUGGAAGACACCCGGCCGAAGCGAUGGGCCCUCACUCGGCUGAACACGGACGAGCUCAAGGCGGCUGUCCUCGCGGCGACCUGGGAUCAGGAGGAGUGCGACCUCCUGACCUGGGAGGAUAUUGAGAAGUCGGUCACGAAUCUCAGGGCACUUAUGGAGAGUAGGCCGUCCGUCUACGAAGGCGCUUCCAGUCUGCGAGGCGGUCCGGAAAUGCCGCAAGAACAGCAACUGCACAGGGCGAAUACCGUGCCGCGCGACUCGCCCUGUGCGCAGAGAUUAGGGACGCGAAGAACAGGGCCUGGAAGAGUUCUCGGAGACCUCGAUAGACAUCCGUGGGGGCGAUCAUACCACAUCGUACGAAACAAGCUUAAGCCAUGGUCGCCCCCGCUAACGGAAGAAAUGGACCCCCAACGGGUGGAGGAGAUAGUGGAGACCCUCUUCCCGGGGCACAACUACAUAUUGCCCCCAUAUGAGGGUCCUCCCGCCGAAUGGCACGACGAGUUGGGGGUCACGGUCGCCGAGAUUACCCGGGUCGCCAAAAGACUAGGGGGCAAGAAAGCCCUUGGCCCUAAUGGCGUCCCAAGGGUGGUAUGGGCUCUGUCCCUCGGCAGCCGGUUGAGGCAGCUUUUUUCCUGCUGCUUCAGGGCUGUCGUCUUCCCCCAAAGGUGGAAGGAGGCCAAAUUGGUCCUCCUCCACAAGGUGGGCAAACCAGUGGAGCUCCCUUCCGCUUACCGGCCAAUAUGUCUGCUGGACGAGGUAGGCAAGAUGCUCGAACGCAUCAUAGCUGACCGCCUCGUCCGGCAGCUACGAGGAGGUAGUCCCGACCUGAGCGAAGCUCAAUUUGGGUUCCGCGAGGACAAGUCAACCGUAGACGCCAUUCGGCAGGUACGAGCCCUCGUAGAGCAACGAGUGGCGGAGGGGGGGGGUGUUGAUGGCGCUGUCGCUAGACAUCGUCAACGCGUUUAA